CGCGCUCUGGCCGUGGCGCCGAGCCGAGCCGAGCCCGACAGGGGGGCUCCCCUGAGAGUACGCCGACUGCCGGGGUCGGCUGGGCCUCCGGACUGACGCCGGCAUUGGGUCCCUCGCUGCUCCUUUACGUGAACUCCCACCCAUUCCCUCCGCUCACCCGCCCCCCACGUCCGGGGACGCCAGGAACAGCUACAGAGUAACGCUGGCUGCACCCGGGACGCCUCGACCCUGGACGCACUCAGGGUCCCGCAGUCCGGCGGCAUUGGAGAGGAGAAACCUGACGGUGAUGAUUACAGGGCGCCGAGAAGUUUCCCUCUCUGGUCUGGAAACCUGGGGAAUGGUGCGGCAGGAGAUGGGAGGGGCUCCCGCCGAGGGACUCAGGCCCACUCCUUGCGUGUGCGGAGCCGACUCUGAAGUCACGGAGCCACCCAGCAGCCGGGUCUUGUGGAUUUCCGACGCAGGGCCCUCCCGUGAGGGAAAAGUGCCUCUGUUUCUCCCAGCGACCAGCCGCUGGGACGCCCGCGAGGGUCCGCGGCUGGAGGCUUGGAGGAAACCGACGCGUCUUUACAGCUGCGUCCAGACCCGCUUCCCAGGAGUGGGCUCUCGCGGCUGGGGAGGGAAUCGGCGGCCGAAUGUUAAUCGAAAGCUGAAUGGGACGGUAUCAAAACGCCGAACUGUUGAUGAGGAUGGAAAAAGGAGGAAUGCAGGAAAGGCAGAAUAUCCCAGGUGCCUUGGACCAGCAGGCAGGGCUUAAAAGAAAAUCAAAUGUCAGAGAUAGCUCAGGGACUCCUCCGUUCCCGGGUCCGAACAUCCAAGUGUCAGAAAAACUGGUGAGAAUCAAGCUAAAAGACAGAAAGAGAGAAGGACACAGAGAGACAUAUUUUUCCUCUUGCCUUUAAUAGUAGUAGUAAUAUCAGCAUUAGUAUUAACAAUAUUAAUAUACCCAUUCCCAACCCUUCAUCCUCCUCAAGUCGUAUCCUGAAUGCUCCAGCCAAGCCAGCUCAAUCUGUCGGCCGCCCACCCACCCGCAUCCAAGAGUUAUGCAGAUGUUUAUGGCUGGAAAAAAAAAAUCCCAGUUAUGCAUUCUUGUAUUUUUAAAUACUGACUGUAAGUGAUUCAAGUAUAAUCCUUUGUAAAACGCUUUUCUCUUUGACAUAUUGAAGGGGGUUGAGAGAGGAAAACCCGGCGUGGAUUCCCCCUCGCCGGUCCCUGUCCCACCCACCACCCUUGCCCCCACCCUGCCAGCGUCGGGGCCCCUGGCAGUCCCUUGAGCCCAGCACCCAGAAAAAGUGGGCGUUCGUGCCAAACCCUCGCACUGGCUUGGCCCAACUUCAGUCACAAUUGGUCUCGAUUCUCAGUGCUGGACGCGCAGUAAGUUGUUUGGGAAGAAACGCGUUCGUUCAAUCAUAGGCUCACUCUCUUACCUUUGCUAAUGGGAGCCGGGCCCUAAGAAUUCAGAAAUGUAGGCGCUCAGACUUGGUAGCAGCCGAACCUGGGUCUUUCCCACCCUGGAGCACUCAGGGCCCCCACAGUUCCGCUCCUUGCAUGAGAUUUGGGAGCGUCCGACCUCGGGGUGACAGCCUAACUAGUGGAAGCGAACUUGCGGAAAGAAGAGAGAAGCGAGUCUGGGGAGAAGAGGGAGACUCCCAGACCCCGCAGUCGACACUCGCCUGUCCCUUUUUGCCCUGUAACUGCUCUAGUGAAGGCCGCGCUCCACUGGCCGAGCUUUGUCUUGAAGCGGACUUUUCCCAGAGUUAAAGACGGAGGUAAGAGAAGUCGGGGGACGCUGCAAACCAGAGAGCAGCCUCCCGGCUCAGGGUGAAGACUAACUGCUCAAGGCGUUGGGCCACAAGACAAAAGUGAGCGCUCAAACAGCGGUUGUUUGCUGGCGGCCAUCCCCCUGACACCUCGGAGGCUCGUCCGGCCUAAAGAGGACGGCGACUGGGCGCCACUGAGGUCGAGGCGCUGUCCUGCGACCGCAAUCCUGGCUUGGAAAAGUACCAAGUCAGUCUGAACGCGAGCCUCCAGGCCUCGCCUCCGGGAAGCAAGGUCCCCUGGUUGGUGGAAGGGGCGCACGGCGCCCAAGGGGCACCCACAGGCCUGACAUCAGAAUAAGCUAGAGCUUCGGGCCAGUCUUGAAGGGUUAAAGGGGAAGCUGCGGGACGAAGAUGGAUAAGUUAGAAAGUUGUUAGUUAAAAACAAAAAAAGAAAAAAAUGGUUUGGGUGACAGCUUGCUGUCCCCUCAUCCUCCGCACCGCCCCCCCCCCAACCCCUCGCCGGCCUUUCCGGACUCCAGUCCAGGCUUUGCGCUGAGCCCGCAGCCCGGUGCAGCCCGGCCUCUGGCGAGAGCCAAUCACAGUGCGCCUCUCAGCACGUGGAGGAGAGAGACUCCAGAGCUCCGCGCUCGCUGCUCACUACACUUGUUACUGCCUGUCCUGAGCGCGGAGAGGGCGAGCUCCGGCCGCGGGCAGGGCGGGAGGCAACAGCCGGCAACCGAGGGAGACAGAGAGGCGCAGAGACCGCAGUAAUAUCCACUAUAACCAGCCAUCUAACCCCACCCCCCAACACACACCCAUUAUCCCACCCUUCAGGAGAGGCAGCCAGCGGCCCCGCUCUCUGCGCCCAGGGAAAAAGCCCCAGCCAUGAGCAAUCAGUACCAGGAGGAGGGCUGCUCGGAGAGGCCCGAGUGCAAAAGUAAAUCUCCAACUUUGCUCUCCUCCUACUGCAUCGACAGCAUCCUGGGCCGAAGGAGCCCUUGCAAAAUGCGGCUGCUGGGAGCCGCGCAGAGCUUGCCCGCCCCACUGGCCAGCCGCGCCGACCAGGAAAAGGCCGUGCAAGGCUCCCCCAAGGGCAGCGGCGCCCCGUUCGAGGCUGAGCUGCACCUGCCGCCCAAGCUGCGGCGCCUGUACGGCCCUGGCGGGGGCCGCCUCCUCCAGGGCGCCGCGGCGGCGGCGGCUGCUGCGGCAGCGGCGGCCGCGGCGGCGGCCACGGCCACCGCGGGUCCGCGCGGGGAGGCCCCUCCGCCGCCGCCGCCAAACGCGCGGCCCGGGGAGCGGCCGGACGGCGCGGGGGCCGCCGCGGCCGCCGCGGCCGCCGCCGCCGCGGCCUGGGACACGCUCAAGAUCAGUCAGGCACCGCAGGUGAGCAUCAGCCGCAGCAAGUCGUACCGCGAGAACGGGGCGCCCUUCGUGCCGCCGCCGCCCGCGCUGGACGAGCUGGGUGGCCCGGGGGGCGCCGCGCACCCGGACGAGCGCCUCGGCGCGGCCAGCGGCCCCGGUGGCGCCCCGGCGGCGGGUGGCGGUACGGGCGCCGAGGACGACGAGGAGGAGCUGCUGGAGGAUGAAGAGGACGAGGACGAGGAAGAGGAGCUGCUGGAGGACGACGAGGAGGAGCUGCUGGAGGACGACGCCCGCGCGCUGCUCAAGGAGCCCCGGCGCUGUGCCGUGGCCGCCACUGGCGCGGUAGCCGCCGCCGCCGCCGCCGCCGUGGCCACCGAGGGCGGGGAGCUAUCGCCCAAGGAGGAGCUGCUGCUGCACCCAGAGGACGCUGAGGGCAAGGACGGCGAGGACAGCGUGUGCCUGUCAGCGGGCAGCGAUUCGGAGGAGGGGCUGCUGAAGCGCAAACAGCGGCGCUACCGCACCACGUUCACCAGCUACCAGCUGGAGGAACUGGAGCGGGCCUUCCAGAAGACGCACUAUCCAGACGUCUUCACCAGGGAGGAAUUGGCCAUGAGGCUGGAUUUGACUGAGGCCCGAGUCCAGGUUUGGUUCCAGAACCGUCGGGCGAAGUGGCGCAAGCGGGAGAAGGCGGGCGCUCAGACCCAUCCUCCGGGGCUGCCCUUCCCCGGGCCGCUGUCGGCCACCCACCCUCUGAGCCCCUACCUGGACGCCAGCCCCUUCCCCCCGCACCACCCUGCGCUGGACUCGGCCUGGACGGCCGCCGCUGCCGCCGCCGCCGCCGCCUUCCCGAGCCUACCUCCGCCUCCUGGCUCGGCCAGCCUGCCGCCCAGCGGGGCGCCGCUGGGCCUGAGCACUUUCCUCGGAGCCGCUGUGUUCCGACACCCGGCCUUCAUCAGCCCUGCGUUCGGCAGGCUCUUUUCCACCAUGGCCCCCCUGACCAGCGCGUCGACCGCGGCCGCGCUCCUGAGACAGCCCACGCCGGCCGUGGAGGGCGCGGUGGCGUCGGGCGCGCUGGCCGACCCGGCCACCGCGGCCGCAGACAGACGCGCCUCUAGCAUAGCGGCGCUGAGGCUCAAGGCCAAGGAGCACGCCGCGCAGCUCACGCAGCUCAACAUCCUGCCGGGCACCAGCACGGGCAAGGAGGUGUGCUAAAGGCUGCCCUCCACCCUCGCGCCCCGGGCGCACCCCGAAAGGUCACCUCACUCAGCACCACUCAAGACCAAAUGGAAACAGAGGACCAGCACACUCCCGAGACGGCACUGAGAGAGCGCGGCCGCCUUCGCAGCAGCCCGGAUGCGGGCAAGGCAGCCCCUGGCGCUACCGGACGUGGCACCUCCUCGGCUGGCUGUCCACCCGCCCCUGCCCCUGCCCCUGCCCCUGCCCCUGCCUCUGCCAACCUCGCUCCGACUCUGAACAUCCACUCUCUCUCGCUCUUACUUUACUGAAAAUAUCGGGGAGGUUUUCUCUCCAAGACGCCUGGUAUUGAAGUUAAAAAAUUAAGAAACCCAACCUCUCUUCCUCCUGACACCCCACUUAGCUUUUUUUUUUUUUCUUAAAUAGCAUUUUGGCGCUCUAAGUUGAUCCCCCCAGCGUGGGCCCCGGUGUGAAGCCAGGGCCAGGGAAGCGAACGCGAAUCUGUAAGAUAGCUAACAGUGCACUUAACGGAAAGGGGCGUCUUGUUCUUGUUCUCUUCUUUAUCAUACACCAACCAAGGUUUUUAUAUCAAACCAAAGGGAAAUACUCUGCUAGAAUAUGGACUGUUGAAGUCACCAAACUGUGAUUAUUGAUUCUGUACAUACCAUUGUUAUUAAAAAAAAAAAAAGAACAGAGCUUUGUAUAUUUGAAAUGUUAUAACGCAAUUGCACUCAGCGUGGUAUGGUAAAAGUUUGUCCUCCUGUAGAUUCUUACUGUGUUGUAGAUACGGUAGGGUUCCUAGACAAAUAUUUAUGUACUCAAGCCCUUUAUUUAACUUAUUAACUGUAGAGGCUUCCGAAACCUUCAAGAUAAAGGCAAUGGUACAGUACUUUUGUGUAAUGUGUAAUUGUUAUCACUUUUCCUUGCUAUCUAGUGGAGAAGUGUCACGCUCAAAAUAAAAAAAAAAUUAUAUGUUUAACAAAA